UAUUGUAUCAAACAAGAGUUGGACCAACUCGACACCAGAGGAAAUAGUAUGAAGCAUCUAGGAGGAGGAGCGACACCACAAGAAGGAGGUUUUGCUGAAAUCCUCGAGACCAAGCUGCAAUAAGACCGCAAGGGAAAUACCAUCACCAGCAGAAGAAGCAUACAACUGAGCUCAUUACAAUGGUAGCUCUAGCAUCCACCUAUAUCCAGCCACCGCCACACAUCUGCAGGUGCAGCAGCAGCAGCAGAAGAAGCCCACCCAUCACACGGCCUAAUGCGACUCGCUUCUCUACGCACAUCAAAACCACGCCAUAUCUGAAGGAGCUUCAGCGACAUCUUACCGUCAGACUUGGAGAGGCGUCAGAUGCCAUGAGCAAUGCUUACAAGGCACUCCUGGAUGCAUUUGUUGAAUCCACUUUCACAUUCAGUGAUCAGCUCCUGCGCCCCACCGAGAGCAAUUUUGCACCGGUCGAUGAAGUCGGUGAAAGGAUAAAGAUCAUGGAGAUAGAAGGAACAAUCCCUGCAGACUUUCCAGAGGGUGUCUAUAUUAGAAAUGGUUCGAACCCUCUGUUCGGAGCCCUGCACACGGUGAGCUCCAUCUUUGGGCAGACCGAAGACAUCUGGGUGGAGGGAGAAGGCAUGCUCCACGCCCUCUACUUCAGCCGGAGCAGCGUCGACGGCACCGCCGCCUGGUCCUUGUCCUACGGCAACCGCUACGUGCAAUCCGACAGUUACACAGUCGAAAACGCUCGCCGACGGCCAUGCUUUCUCUCAGUCACAAAAGGGAAUCGUCUCGCCAUGCUCGCUGCAAGCCUUCUAAACAUGCUGAGGUUUGGAAAAGUGAUGCGGAGCAUGAGCAAUACCAGUGUGUUCAUGCAUGCCGGCAGAGUCUUCGCGGCUGCAGAGAAUGACAUUCCCCAUGAGCUGAACUUGCAAAGCCUUGACACGAUCGCAAGCUGGUCCAUCGGCGGAGACUGGAUCCUGCCGUUCACAGCACACCCGAAGGUUGUUCCUGAGUCAGGAGAGUUGGUAAUCUCAGGGAUCAACAUUAUGAAACCCUACCUAACGAUUGGACUUGUCUCAGAGGAUGGAAUGAAGCUCGAGCAAAUGGUUGAUCUUAAGCUAGACAGAUGCACAUUUUGCCAUGAAAUAGGGAUAACUAAAAUGUACAACAUUAUCAUGGAUAUGCCACUUACCCUAAGCGCAAGUAGGAUUCUACGAGCAGCCCCUUUGAUGGAAUACGAGAAGGAAAGCUAUGCAAGAAUCGGGGUCAUGCCCCGUAACGGAGAUGCAGAGUCAGUAAUAUGGUUUGAUGUAGAACCAUUCUGCACAAUGCAUCUUGUCAACUGCUUCGAGGAAGGUGAUGAGGUUGUUGUCAGGGGAUUUCGUGUGCCAGCUUCUAUCAUCAUGGGUCCAAUGCUUCAGCACAACAAAGUGUCUGGUGAUCAAGAAAUGAAUGAGGAAUACUUCUCUCGCUUGUACGAGUGGAGACUGAACUUGAAAUCCAAGGCAGUUGCAGGAGAAUGGCUAACCGGGACAGAUGUCGCUAUGGAAUUCCCGGUUAUCAAUGACAAGUAUGUUGGCUUGCAUCACAGGUACGCAUACGCACAGGUGGUGAACGUGGAAGGGAGUAUGGCUGGUGGUUGUGGAACAGUGAGACCAAAGUUUGGAGGUUUUGCAAAACUAUAUCUUGACCAAGAAAUCAAGGAGUCUUGUGGAGAUUCAAUCCAUGUGGAGUACCACCACCUUGAAACAAAUCAAUUCUGCUCAGGAGCAAUUUUUGUGGCGAAAGAGGAUGCGCUACAUGAGGAUGAUGGAUGGAUAAUCUCUUUUGUGCACGAUGAGGGCACAAAUAUAUCACAGGCACAUAUUAUCGACGCACGAAGAUUUGAGAGUGGGCCAGUUGCUAAAAUAACAUUGCCACAAAGAGUACCCUAUGGCUUUCAUGGAGCAUUUGUCUCAAAAACUUAAUGAAAGCAAACAUAGCUCUAUAAUAAGUGUAAAUUACCUGUAGUUCAUAUUAACCGGUGACUGGCCAUGUGCCUUGCUUGAUUAACAGAAGUGCAGCAAUGUCAAUAAAUUAUUAAGCCAUUCCUGAUA